AUGAACUUUGCACAACACAUCAAACAAACAGUAGCUGGCCUCAGAAGCUUCAUCAAGAACAAUAGCGAUGAGAUCCCAGUCCAGAUCUUCUUCCCCUCUUCUCAUUUCAUCAACAGCACAGUACGCGACAAACUCCUCAAGAUUCUCAGUCACAUUGGACCAUUCUUAGUGAAUGAGAAAGGCACCUACGCCCGAUGCAGCAUCAGAGCAAACAAGCUGAACGAGUUACACYGCUACGAGUUGGAGGCUGUGAGUGACAACAAGCCCCAGCGCUUCCUAGUCUACUUCACUGAUCACCACCUAUGUAAAUGGUCGUUCUACACAUCAGUCAAAGGCAGAAGAGACCCGACCCAAGGAGACAUUGAAGAGAAGGAGAACAUUAAAGUUGCCCACUACAGUGUUGCGUCCAGCGAUAGGAAGACGUCGAUCCUCGCCCUCAUCGAUCGACACACCGAUAUUAGACAUCUGAAGUCAUUCAAUGACAACACAAUCAGAUUCGUCUGUGUCCCUUUCAGCAACGCCGAACUCAGACGCAAACUCAGAAAGCAAUCUUCAACUGUAUCUCCUCCCUCUCCAACUGCCGCUCCGCCUGCCCCUGUCCCUGUUGCCCUGAAGACWAUGGCGCCAAGACCCAAAGGAACUAGUCAGUCUGCAAGCUCUCGAUCGGAACUAAGAAGAGAURCAGAAUCAAUCAUCCAUAGAGACGAUGAAAUCGAGGCAUCCGUCCUCGAGGCCCUUGAUAUAGAGUCACUUAGAGGYCCCUCCCAGCCCCAUCCCACCGUCCUGGCCAAACGACCAAGACCUAAGUGGAUUGAAGACCUCGACCCCUCUACCCUGGGCAACUCAGAACUCCCUUUGGAGGACCUUGUGGAUGAAAUCACUAUCUUCCUUGAAGACGAUGAGUCCUACCUCACUGAUGAUGAUGAUGUUUGGCCAAGUUCU